AGUCACCCGGGUUCUUUUGGUGACUCUCAUCCCCUCAAUUUUCCGCGCAUUGAAUUCGCUAUUCAUUCUACGCAGGUCAUCGUGGUACCAUCCUACCAUCAAAACAUCGAUAUCGUUGAAAUCAUUAUAAUAAUCAAAUCGUGGAGGGAUACGAAAUUGUCCAACACGAUGGUUUUAUCUCGCAAGGAACAGAUCUACUGGCCAUGCAUUCAACUCCUGGAGGGAGUCGACCGAGCAUGGCAAUUCGGACACAUACUCGAGCAGUUUUCGCGUCUCUACCACACACCUGAGUCGGAAACAGUUUCAUUUCCUGCUGCCUACCUUACGCAUCGCCCGCGUACGGACCGAUUUUGCAGAUCCAUCCGAGUAACUCAAGAUGGACGGAGAAGCUUCAUCCGUCUACAUCGUUCUUUACUCCGUCAUGCCUACUUCUUUCUCCCAUGUAUUUGACACUCCAGUGUACCAAGGCAAGACCUCGUUCCCCACUGGUGUCUUUAUCAACGGUCAAUUCCGCGAUGGCUCCGAGGAUACUACUAUCGAUGUCAUAAACCCAACAAAUGGGAGUACCAUAACAAAAGUCCCCGAAGCCACUGCGAAAGAUGUAGAUAUCGCAGUUGAAGCGGCUCAAAAAGCUUUCGAGACCGUCUGGGGUCUCAAUAGGCCUGGGAGUGAACGAAGUAGACUUAUGAUCAAGCUCGCGUCGGCCAUGGAAGCUUGUGCGGACGAAUUGGCGGCGUUGGAUGCUUUGGACAAUGGCAAAACGUUCAACUGGGCGAAGGCUAUCGACGUACCCUUCGCCAUUGAGCUGAUCAGGUAUUAUGCUGGUUGGGCAGAUAAAAUUCACGGACAAGUUAUGGAGACUACGGAGGGAAAACUCACCUAUACGCGUCACGAACCCAUUGGCGUCGUGGGUCAAAUUAUACCCUGGAAUUAUCCAUUAAUGAUGAUGUGCAUGAAAAUCGGACCAGCUUUAGCAACAGGUAACUGUGUCGUUUUGAAGCCAUCCGAAUUCACCCCGCUCUCCGCUCUCCGAAUGUGCAGUCUCCUGAAGGAGGUUGGGUUCCCACCUGGCGUUGUCAAUGUCCUCGUAGGGUACGGGCACACGGUCGGUAACGCCAUCAGCACCCAUAAUGGGAUUGAAAAAGUCGCCUUCACGGGGAGUACACUGACUGGUAGAAAAGUAAUGGAGGCCGCCGCAAAAAGUAACUUGAAGAAUGUGACGCUAGAGUUGGGAGGGAAGUCUCCGAACGUUAUCUUCAAUGACGCUGAUCUGGAGCAAGCCGUUAAUUGGUCAUUCUGGGGAAUCUUUUGGAAUCACGGACAGGCUUGUAUCGCAGGCUCGAGGAUUUUCGUUCAAUCUGGGAUAUAUGACAAAUUUUUGGAAAAGUUUACGGAGAAGACAAAGACGAUCAAGAUGGGUGAUCCGUUUGCGGCAGAUACGUAUCAAGGUCCACAGGUGUCGAACAUCCAGCAUGAUCGCAUUACGGGGUACAUCAAGUCUGGAAAAGAGCAAGGGGCUACCGUUCAUUAUGGUGGCGAACCAUAUAGCGGUGAAGGGUAUUUCGUGAACCCUACGAUUUUCGUAGAUGCGAAACCGGAUAUGAAGAUCAUGCAAGAGGAGAUUUUCGGUCCCGUUUGUUGCGUGGUUAAGUUCGAGGAUGAAGACGAUGUCAUCAGGCAGGCUAACGAUACCAUUUAUGGACUCGCUGCGGCCGUGUUUUCGAAGAAUAUUGAUCGCGCAUUGAGUGUAGCCCACAAGUUGAAAGCGGGCUCGAUUUGGGUCAACUCCUACAGCCACAUCAGUGUGAACGCGCCAUUUGGAGGUUUCAAACAAUCUGGUAUUGGCCGUGAGUUUGGAGAAGAGGCUUUACACAAUUAUGUGAAUGUAAAGUCCGUUCAUGUGAACCUUGGAUUGGCUGUACCAGAAGUAUGAAGCAAUGUAUCAGUAUUUAUAUCUUUACUUACAAUGCCUUACUGAGUUAAGUACACGAGGGAGCGUAACCCAGGUAUUUUACGUCGAGAUUUUGAGCAUAGAUUACGUC